UGUAUGUGGCGAGACACUUCCGCUGUAAACAAACCCACGCAACUACUGAUAGUAGUGAUACACAAACGAGAUUGCAUCAAACCCCAGACGAGAACUUAGAUGAUUUAACACGUCAUCGUAAACAAGGAAUGUGUGUACGAAUACGAUACGUGUGAAAAUGUCGCUGUUAACUCAGUUUUUCGAUUCCAGUUUGAGUAAGACGAACACUUUGGUUCUGGAGGUCGUUCUUUUGUCAACAUGUCUGCUCGGAGACGGCGGCUUGUCGUUCAUCGCCCACAGACUUGGGGAUUAUCUCUGGGUUCGGGCAGGCAUCGACAGUGCUACACAUGGGCUGAUAGCUUUGUGGUGCUGGGCGUUGGUGGAAAAUGUCAACUUCGACCGCUACAAACUUCUCAACUGCCUCCUGUGUGCCGUGCUUGCUGUGGGAGUUGACCUGGAUCAUUUCUAUGCUGCAAAGUCUUUGAAUAUCAAGGCAGCACUGAGUCUACCCGACCGCCCACCUCUCCAUCUGACCACCAUCAUCCCUGUGGUGACUGCAUCAUUAUGGAUUCUAGGGAUGGUGCUCAAAGUCCGCUACUUGAAGACGUUGUCUCUCAUCUUCCUGACUGCAGUCUUUUCACACCACCUGCGAGAUGCCACCAGGAGAGGUCUGUGGUUGGCCCCUUUCUCCAACACUCGUCAUGUGCCCUACUGGCUGUAUAUAGCAGUUACCAUGGUGAUCCCUGUCCUCAUCAGGAAAGUGUACCUCAUUGUCUUAUCGGAGAAGAAGGUAGUAGACAGCGGCAUUGAAUCUGUGGCUGUGGUACCAACUAUAUUCAGUGCCAAGUCUUGAUUUGAAAUUGUAGUCAUGGUUACAGUGAUAUUGAUGGUGUGUGUGUCAAAGAAUAUCUGUUCCUGUAGUGGACGAGAAAUUUCUUUCAACAAUAUGAUUGUUUACACUGGCAAUAUUUGUUUGGGAUUGAACUAAUUCCAUGUGGAACUGAUGAUAUUUGACAUUUUCACAGCCGAAAUUGUUGUCAUGGUUACAUGGAUAUGGUGAUGGUGUUUGGACAGAUAAGCCAGUUGUCAUGGUUACGGAUGUAACAGUAAAGAUUUCUGACUGCAGAAGUAAAUGUGUUUUACUGCUACAGUGAAGAUAUCUGCUGAAUCAAGGGUGUCUGACUGCUACAUUAAGUGUCUGAUUGGACAGGGGCAUUGAGCAGCUGUUGUAACAAGUAUAUAACAAUGUCAUUCAAAGAAAAGGAGUUACAAAAUGUGCAUCCGGUGAGUUAUCACUGCUGGGUUCAAGAGUUCUACCCACUCAUGUCCGCAUACCAAUCAGUGACCUGUUGUUGGUUCAGUUAACAAUUUAACUUCCUUAAUGCCAGUCAACAGACUAAACAUAUAAACUGCGUGUUGUUUUUAUGAAAACACUGUUUAUUGUUUUUACGGAAGUGGUCUCCACUCAAGGCUAAUAAGCAGUGGUAUUUGUGGUUGAUUGGAUUAAGGUCAGGAUAUGUAUCAUUCCACUGGGGAUGGGGGGGUUGCAUUGAUAUUGAGUCUCAUUUUUGGCCUUGGGUCAGCAGUCGUAAUAAUUUGGAGAUGCAUAAAUUUCAAGAUUUACGGUGUGGGAAACCAGCUUUUUCUGCAUAAACAUGGAUGUGAAAAUGCGAAUUAGAGUGAGUGAGUAUGGUUUUAUGCCGCUUUUGGCAAUAUUCCAGCAACAUCACGGAGGGGGACACCAGAAAUGGGCCUCUCAUCAUGCUCAUUGGAAAGACACAAUAUGGCUGAAGUAGUGUAUGUGACUUAAAUUUUAACUUAUUCAUGUGACGAAACACAAUUCCAAAAUGCACUGACACAUGGUUAACCUAUGAUCGAGGGUGGGGACACGGGUGGCCCAGUCAUCUAGGGUGCUGCGAUUCGCUGUGCAGAGUUGCGUCCCUUGGGCAUGCCAGAAACCUAUGAUUGUGUGUUCGAAUCCCAGUUCGCCACGAUUAUAUUUCUAUGUUUGUCAGCACCAUACCCAUGCUCGUGGGUUUCCCCGAAGUGGUAAACGUCUGAGACCUGUAUCACUUCGAGCUUUCCUCCCUCCCUCACUCACUCACUCACUCACUCACUCAGGAUUGUCAUCUGAUGUUACAUUGUUAUCUCCCUUGCAGUUAACUAUAAACCGGCAUCAGUCCUGACUAGUACAAGCAGCCACACACACGUGCAUGCACGUCGCUAUAUAAGUGCGAUAAUCUUGGACGCGACGUUAAACCCCAUUUCACCUUGCAGUUAAACGUUGUACAAAGUCGAAUGCAUGUUAUUUAUUGUGAAUGAGUGAGACUUGUUUUCCAUGUCUUUCAACUGUCUACAUAUUCUACUAUAUCACAGCUGGAGUCCAUUUGACUUCUUUUGACUAUAUUUAUGUGCUAUAUACAUAUGGAACAUUACUUUUGUUUUGGAACAAGCUAUUGUUUAAUUAUAACAUGAAUAAAUUAUUGAUAAAGUC